AUGCCGGUUCCAGAGAGUUUGAUUGAUGAUGCGUUUGUAUCUGAGAGGCUACGAGUGGAGUUUCCGAAUGGAGAGGAUGGAGAACCAUCGAUUACGAUUGAGCCGGAAGUUUUAGAAGCGAUGAAUGGGAUGUGGAAGCAGUGUAUGAUUGUUAGGAUUUUGGGAAGGAACGUCCCGAUCUCUGCCUUGAGCAAGAAGCUAAGAGAGUUAUGGAACCCUAAAGGAGGAAUGUAUGUAAUGGACCUACAUAGACAAUUUUUUAUGGUUCGUUUUGAGAAGGAGGAUGAAUAUUUGGCGGCACUGACAGGGGGUCCAUGGAGGGCUUUUGGCAGUUAUCUCAUGGUGAGAGCUUGGUCGCCGGAGUUCGAUCCAUUAAGAGAUGACAUCGUUACGACGCCGGUUUGGAUCAGGUUGACAAAUAUUCUAGUGAACUUUUACCAUCGAUCGAUCCUCAUGGGUAUUGCUAAGGGUUUGGGUAAACCAGUUUGUGUUGACCUGACCACAUUGAAGUUUGAAAGAGCAAGGUUUGCGAGAGUUUGUGUAGAAGUUAAUCUUGCAAAGCCGUUGAAAGGGACAAUCCUAAUUAACGGAGAGAGAAACUUUGUAGCUUACGAAGGGUUAGCUGAGAUCUGUUCAAAGUGCGGAAUUUAUGGACACUUGGUUCAUGGAUGCCCAAGAACAAUUGCGGAAAAAUUGGCUGAAGUAGCUAUACAGACGGAGGCACAGUCAGCUAUGCGAUCACCCACUAGACAAGAACCAAUAGUGCAAGAGAAUGGUUUUACUCCGGCGAGGAGCUCAAGAAGAGGGACGCAUAUACUGCCUCGACUAGUGAACGGCAGGACUGCGGAAGCCGGCGGGGAGACAGACAGGAAUGUCCAAGAGAUCCCGCGGACCGGGGGAAUCACAAACAUUGCGAUAUCCAACAAAUUUGGUAGUUUAGAGCUGGAUACAGAUCAAAGUGAAUCAAGAGAAGAGAUUGUGUCUGGCGAGGAGAACAAGGAGAAUCAGAUUAUGAACAUCAAAAGAAAUGAGAACAAGGAAAUUUCACAAGGGAAAGAGACUCUAAUCUUUGGAGGGAAGGUGAAUAUAAGAAAGGAUUCGAAAAUGGUGAACAAGGAGAAAUGGGCUGGGAAGAAAGUAGUAGAAGGAGCACGAGGAAGGCCCAAAAAUUUAAACAAUAAACCCGCUAGAGGUUUGGUGUUUGGGCCCACUAAAGGGGAAGUCAGUCUAUCGGAGUCGGGGAAAUGA